GCCCGCUCGGCCUGCGGGAGCUCGGAGGCUGCCGGCCAGCGGGAGACGCCAUGUACCGGCUACUGUCAGCCCUGACGGCCCGGGCCGCGACCUCCGGCGGUUGGGCCUGGGGCUGCGGGAGGCGCAGGGCCCACCGGCGCGCCGGGCGGCCGCCGCUCGGCGCCGGCUGGGUCGGGGGCCUCGGGCUGGGGCUGGGGCUGGCGCUCGGGGCGAAGCUGGCGGGCGGGCUGAGGGGCGCGGCCCCCGCGCCGUCCCCAGCGGCCCCCGACCCCGAGGCGCCGCCUCCGGCCGAGCCUCUGCCGCCGCAGGAGCAGCCCCUCGCUCCUUGGUCUCCACAGACUCCGACGCCGCCCCGCUCCAGGCGCUUCUCCAGAGCCAUCGACAGCAGCCGCGACCUGCUGCACAGGAUCAAGGUGCGGCGACGGAGGACGAGGGCGGCCGGGAACCGGGCGCCCCACCCCCGGCUUCACCCCGGCAUGGGGCCCCUGGGUGGUCAUCUCCCGCGCCGAACGGGCCCCACCCGCGGCGGGGGAUGCCAGCGGCCAGCUUGUUUAGGUUAUGCUGAUGUUGAGAACCGUGUGCCGUGCAAGCCAGAGACAGUUAUGAGAAUUGCCAGUAUCAGCAAAAGCCUCACAAUGGUUGCUCUGGCCAAAUUAUGGGAAGCAGGGAAACUGGAUCUUGAUAUUCCAGUACAACAUUAUGUUCCUGAAUUCCCAGAAAAAGAAUAUGAAGGUGAAAAGGUUUCUGUCACAACAAGAUUACUGAUUUCCCAUUUAAGCGGAAUUCGUCAUUACGAAAAGGACAUGAAAAAGGUGAAAGAAGAGAAAGCUUACAAAGCCUUGAAGAUGUUGAAAGGGACAUUGGAAUCUGACCAAGAAAAAGAGUUAAAAGAAAAAGGAGGCAGAAGUAUUGAAAAGAGUGACUUUGCUAAAGCUAAGACAGAGCAAGAUAAUGAUGCCAAAAGCAGGAAUUCAAAACCUGGCAAGAAAAAGAAUGAUUUUGAACAAGGCGAAUUAUAUUUGAAAGAAAAGUUUGAAAAUUCAAUUGAUUCCCUAAGAUUAUUUAAAAAUGACCCUUUGUUCUUUAAACCUGGUAGUCAGUUUUUGUAUUCAACUUUUGGCUAUACCCUACUGGCAGCCAUAGUAGAAAGAGCUUCAGGAUAUAAAUAUUUGGACUAUAUGCAGAAAAUUUUCCAUGACUUGGAUAUGCUGACAACUGUGCAGGAGGAAAAUGAGCCAGUGAUUUACAAUAGAGCAAGAUUUUAUGUUUACAAUAAAAAGAGACGUCUUGUCAACACGCCUUACGUGGAUAAUUCCUAUAAAUGGGCUGGUGGUGGAUUUCUGUCUACAGUGGGUGACCUUCUGAAAUUUGGGAAUGCAAUGCUGUAUGGUUACCAGGUCGGGCUGUGUAAGAACUCAAGUGAAAAUCUUCUACCUGGAUAUCUCAAACCAGAAACAAUGGCUAUGAUGUGGACACCGAUACCGAACACAGAGAUGUCUUGGGAUAAAGAGGGUAAAUAUGCGAUGGCAUGGGGUGUUGUGGAAAAGAAGCAAAUACAUGGUUCCUGUAGGAAACAACGGCAUUAUGCCUCACAUACUGGAGGCGCAGUGGGUGCCAGCAGCGUCCUGCUGGUCCUUCCUGAAGAACUGGACGCAGAAGCUAUAAAGUACAAGAUUCCCCCAAGAGGAAUAGUUGUUUCUAUCAUGUGUAACAUGCAAUCGGUUGGCCUCAAUAGCACUGCUUUAAAGAUUGCUCUGGAAUUUGAUAAAGACAGAUUGGACAUACCUUAACAUCACAGGUACAAAAUGAGCUGUUUUUAUUUUUGUUUUCAAAUACUAACUAAAGUCCCCAAAAUACACGAGAUUUUUAAGAAUAAAUUUGUAAUAGAGUGUAAUUGAAAGCAGAGAAUUAUAUACCUCUAACUGCUUAAUUUUGUAAUUGUCCUUUACUAUAGGAUUAGUUCUUUAUACUCAGGGAAGUAACUAUAUUGUUUUUACUUUUUUGAAAAAAGUGUUAACUCUUGAAAUAAAAGUAUUCUGAUAAAAUA